CGCAGCGGCGUCGGGUCGGGGUCCUGGGGCGCCAUGGGGCGCGGCAGCGGCACCUUCGAGCGUCUCCUAGACAAAGCUACCAGCCAGCUUCUGCUGGAGACCGACUGGGAAUCCAUCCUCCAGAUCUGUGACCUCAUCCGCCAGGGGGACACACAAGCAAAAUACGCAGUGAGUUCUAUCAAGAAGAAAGUCAACGACAAGAAUCCCCACGUGGCCUUGUAUGCCCUCGAGAGGCAGGUGGAGGUAAAUGUCCGAAACAAGAUUCUGUAUCUGAUCCAGGCCUGGGCGCAUGCUUUCCGGAAUGAGCCCAAGUACAAGGUGGUCCAGGACACGUACCAGAUCAUGAAGGUGGAAGGACACGUGUUCCCGGAGUUUAAGGAGAGCGAUGCCAUGUUUGCUGCAGAGAGAGCCCCCGAUUGGGUGGAUGCCGAAGAGUGCCACCGCUGCCGGGUGCAGUUCGGGGUGGUGACCCGCAAGGAAUACCUGGAGGUACAGCGGCAGCUGGCCAUCCAGCGCCUGCAGGAGCAGGAGAAGGAGCGCCAGAUGCGGCUGGAGCAGCAGAAGCAGACCAUCCAGAUGCGGGCCCAGAUGCCCGCCUUCUCCCUGCCCUACGCCCAGCUCCAGGCCAUGCCCGCGGCCGGGGGCGUGCUCUACCAGCCCUCCGGCCCAACCAGCUUCCCAGGCACCUUCAGCCCAGCAGGCUCGGUGGAGGGCUCCCCCAUGCACACCGUGUACAUGAGCCAGCCGGCGCCCACCGCCGGCAGCCCCUACGCCGGCAUGCCUGGGGCCGGAGCAGAUCCCGGCAUGGUGAGCGCCUACAUGUACCCAGCAGGAGCCACCGGUGCACAGGCGGCCCCCCAGGGCCCGGCCGGACCCACUGCCAGCCCAGCCUACUCCUCCUAUCAGCCCACCCCCACGCAGGGCUAUCAGAACGUGGCCUCCCAGGCCCCACAGAGCCUCCCGGCCAUCUCCCAGCCUCCACAGUCCGGUGCCAUGGGUUACAUGGGGAGCCAGUCGGUGUCCAUGGGCUACCAGCCGUACAGCAUGCAGAACCUCAUGAACACCCUUCCCGGCCAGGACACACCGAUGCCGCCCCCACAGCAGCCCUACAUCUCAGGGCAGCAGCCCAUGUACCAGCAGAUGGCGCCCUCGGGGGGACCCCCCCAGCAGCCGCCCCCUGUGGCCCAGCAGCCGCCGGCACAGGGCCCUCCGGCACAGGGCAGCGAAGCCCAGCUCAUCUCCUUUGACUGAUCCCCAGCUGCCAGCUGGCCAUCCAGAACAACACUACGGUUCUCUGAAACCCCUGCCUCCGUCUCGAACUAGCAUCGUCCUGCCUUGCUCUCCUCUUACCGCCAUGUAGUGUCCCUGCUACAGGCAGGGGGUGGCCCUUCUCCCUGGCCCCUUCCCCAUUUCUGUCCUCUUCUGCUGACUCCUCGUGCUCCAGGCCCUACUCUCAUCCCCAUCUCCCUGAGUUGGGUCUCUGACCUCUUUCCCCAGGGCCAAGCCUCAGAGGGUGGGAGGGAAGGACCUUCUCUGAGAGGGAGCUCCCAGCCCAGUGUGUCAGGUCCUGUGAGGGCUGCUGGAGUGGGGCCCUUCUGUCCCGUGCAGCCUGUGCCCUCCCAUCUGCACCGUGAGCCUGUGCAGCCUGUGGUCUGACUAGUGUGCGUGCCCCCAGCGGUCAGCAGGCACUCCCGGCCCUCACGGGAAGGUGGGGGUUCGUCUCCAGCUUCUCUGCUUUUGAGCUGCCAUCUCAUCCAGUGCCCUGAG